CCCCUUUGUUGGCUCACUAGCGGUAGCAGCGGCCGUGGAGGUGGCGCUGGGGACUGUUUUCUCUCCGAGGCCGGAGCGGAGCCGCGUCUGACUAAGGUGGGCAGCGAGCGGCCCCCUCGCUCCCUCCCUCCUCCGCUCCCUCCCCGCCGCCACCAGCCGCCAACCGCCAACCGCCGCACCCGGGGAGGAGCCGCGGCCCGUGGGGCCGGAGCCAGGCCUGCGUCCGGACAUCAGCCGGAGUCGAAGCGAGAACCGGGGCCUCGGCGUCCCCGCCCUCUCCUCGCCUUAGGGCCAGCGUUUACCGGGCCCCGCGCGUCGCGCCAUGGACUCGGACGAGGGCUACAACUACGAGUUCGACGAGGACGAGGAGUGCAGCGAGGAGGAUAGCGGCGCCGAGGAGGAGGAGGACGAGGACGAGGACGAGCCGGACGAUGAUAACCUGGAUCUGGGCGAGGUGGAACUGGUGGAGCCCGGGUUGGGCGUCGGCGGGGAGCGGGACGGACUGCUGUGCGGGGAGACAGGCGGCGGCGGCGGCAGCGCUCUGGGGCCCGGCGGUGGCGGCGGCGGCGGCGGCGGCGGCGGCGGCGGGCCAGGACACGAGCAGGAGGAUGAUUACCGCUACGAGGUGCUCACGGCCGAGCAGAUUCUGCAACACAUGGUGGAAUGUAUCCGAGAGGUCAACGAGGUCAUCCAGAAUCCAGCAACUAUCACAAGAAUACUCCUUAGCCACUUCAAUUGGGAUAAAGAGAAGCUAAUGGAAAGGUACUUUGAUGGGAACCUGGAGAAGCUCUUUGCUGAGUGUCAUGUAAUUAAUCCAAGUAAAAAGUCUCGAACGCGCCAGAUGAAUACAAGGUCAUCAGCACAGGAUAUGCCUUGUCAGAUCUGCUACCUGAACUACCCUAACUCGUAUUUCACUGGCCUUGAAUGUGGACAUAAGUUCUGUAUGCAGUGUUGGAGUGAAUAUUUAACUACCAAGAUAAUGGAGGAAGGCAUGGGACAGACUAUUUCGUGUCCUGCUCAUGGUUGUGAUAUCUUAGUGGAUGACAACACAGUUAUGCGCCUGAUCACAGACUCAAAAGUUAAAUUAAAGUAUCAGCAUUUAAUAACCAAUAGCUUUGUAGAGUGCAAUCGACUGUUAAAGUGGUGUCCUGCCCCAGAUUGCCACCAUGUUGUUAAAGUCCAAUAUCCUGAUGCUAAACCUGUUCGCUGCAAAUGUGGGCGCCAAUUUUGCUUUAACUGUGGAGAAAACUGGCAUGAUCCUGUUAAAUGUAAGUGGUUAAAGAAGUGGAUAAAAAAGUGUGAUGAUGACAGUGAAACCUCUAAUUGGAUUGCAGCCAACACAAAGGAGUGUCCCAAAUGUCAUGUCACAAUUGAGAAGGAUGGUGGCUGCAAUCACAUGGUCUGUCGAAACCAGAAUUGUAAAGCAGAGUUUUGCUGGGUGUGUCUUGGCCCUUGGGAACCACAUGGAUCUGCCUGGUACAACUGUAACCGCUACAAUGAGGAUGAUGCAAAGGCAGCAAGAGAUGCACAGGAACGAUCUAGGGCAGCCUUGCAGAGGUACCUGUUCUACUGUAAUCGCUAUAUGAAUCACAUGCAGAGUCUACGCUUUGAGCACAAACUAUAUGCUCAGGUGAAGCAGAAAAUGGAGGAGAUGCAACAGCACAACAUGUCCUGGAUUGAGGUGCAGUUCCUGAAGAAAGCAGUUGAUGUCCUCUGCCAAUGUCGUGCCACACUCAUGUACACUUAUGUCUUCGCCUUCUACCUCAAAAAGAAUAAUCAGUCCAUUAUCUUUGAGAAUAACCAAGCAGAUCUAGAGAAUGCCACAGAGGUGCUUUCGGGCUACCUGGAACGAGAUAUUUCCCAAGAUUCUCUUCAGGAUAUAAAGCAGAAAGUACAAGAUAAAUACAGAUACUGUGAGAGCCGACGAAGGGUUUUGUUACAGCAUGUGCAUGAAGGCUAUGAGAAAGAUCUGUGGGAGUACAUUGAGGACUGAGAAUGGCCCUGCAUAAAAUGAACUCUGAAAACUUUGCCAUCUAGAGUGCUCAUGCAAUUAAAACAAACAAAACAAAACAAAACAAAACAAACACAAACAAAGAGGCACUAAGCCUAUUCUGACACCGCUGGUCUGUAGUACCGGAAUUCUGUUUUGUUAACGGAAAGUUUAAGUAAAUUAUAUUGUAAUAAAAAAAAAAGGUAGAUAAACCAUUGUACAACAGUAUUCUAGGCCGCCAACAAAAGUGUGACAGACACACUAAAAGCCCUCCAACUUUAACUUCUAACGUAGCUUCAUUCUCAAAGCUGACUCCUUUUUUCUUUUUCUUUUUCCUUUUUUUUUCUGAGUAUAGUACAGUUAAAAUUUAAAACAGCUCCUUGACACUGCUUUUCAUGCCCAAACCAGCCAUUUUGUUGUACUUUGGUAAAGAACCUCUUCCCCUUUCUCCCCUACACAUACAAACACACCCACACACACAGACUGACUCUCUUUUUCUCAUACCCCAAGGUCAUGAGUGAAUGAUUAUUAGCUCCUUGUAAAGAAAAUUCUUGGGGUGGGGAAGGGGGGUAGGCAGCAAGAGGAUUAAACAAAAAAACAAAAACAAAAAAACUUUGUAUAUGACUUUUAAAACAAGAGGACAACACAGUAUUUUUCAAAAUUGUAUAUAGCGCAUAUGCAUGGACAAAGCAAGCGUGGCACGUGUUUGCAUAAUGUUUAAUUACAAAAAAAUAUUUAUUCUUUAAAAAUCUUCAAGAUUAUGUCUAUUUGCUGUGCAUUUUCUUUCAGUUUGCUUUAUCUUUCCAGGGUUGGGGGUUGGGAUAAAAGGUGUGUUGUUUUAGUUUCUCUGGAAACCUAACUAGAGCUCUUUGAUUUCCCUUUCCUGCUCCUUAGGUUGCUUUGCCCUUUGGGUUUUGGUAUAUUGUUUGCUGGCCAUGGGCUUCAAGCCUGGAAUUCCCAGCUCGUUGAAGGACAGGGAAGCCAAGCUCUGACUAAACACAAUGGCCUGAUAAGGGCUGCAACAGGGAGAUUUGUUGCUGUCAUUCAAGAAUGUCCCAGUCCCCCAGCUUCAUCCACCUCCGUGGCCUCAUGCAUCUACCAAAGCCAUUGUUGCCCAUGUCACGCACACAGCUGAAGGCUUCUUAGCCUACCUGUUACAUCCAGAAGAAGCAUUUCAACCCCCCCACCCCCCCCACCCCCACUUUUUGGGGGUGGUUGGUGGUUUUGUUUUAAUUGCUGCUUUUAAGAUUUUAGUUAUGGCUCUUCUCUCACCCCUUCGCCAUGUUAGGGUGGCAGAUAGAAUGUUUUUGCUUUAAAUAUAAAUAAAUAGCCAUUCACUUAGUCUCAGAUUGUGAAUUUAAAAUGGCAGAUACUGAAAUUGCCUGUGUGUGUUGCUGUGGGUUCAGUUUGAAGACAAACACCCCUAGAACAUGAUAUUCCCAUCUAGUGCAUUUAAAUAGAAAUCACUGAGUUUGCUUCUUUUCUAUUUUCAGCAGGUAGGAGAAUUAAUAAUGCAUUUUAGCUGUGAUGUCCAUUUUUAUGAAAUUUCUACUAAGCUAUGUUAAAAGUAAAGGAUGGUGGUGGUUUUAUUACCUGUAUACCCUUUUAGGCCAUUCUGGCUAUGGUAAUUUUCAACAGGUUAGCAGACCCAAAUCCGUCAGUUUUACACAGGAGUACAGAGUGAACUAGGCAACUAGAUUAAGAGGUCUUAAUAUUAAAUACCCAAUUUUGGCUAAGGACCUCUUUGUCUUCCUUUAAAUGUCUUGUGCCUAGGGAGUGUUUACCAUUUGUGAGGCAGCUUUGUCUGCUCUUGCAUUGUACAUCUUAUUACUCCAUUGGGAAGUAGGAUCACUUUCCUCUGGCCUUUUGCCUAAGUUAGGCUUUGCUGAAUCAACCCUACUUUUCCUUUUAGAAAAGGUUGUUAUAUGAGAUGUACUUGCAACUGUUCUUUUCCCAUCAGAAAUCAGUGAAUGUUUGCUGAGUAUAUUAUGCUGCUUCCUUAAACCACUUGUUGCUUCAGGAUCAACUUUACAUGUACCUUUUAUUCUUUCCUCCCUUGCCACCUCAGGUGCAAAUCUGAACUCAGUGUCUGUUUCUUCCGUAUUCUCUUUUCCUCCCCCUUCUCCCAUCAUCCAUUUGACUUCAUUUAUUUUAAAUGACUGCCAGAAAUCUUAAAAUAUAUUAUCAAAAUUAAGGAGGUUUUUUUUUUUUUUAGAAAGCUUGAAUAAGUUCUUUUCUUUGGUAACUUUGAAAGCAGCCAGAUUUACUAUAUAGAUACAUGUGAAUUCCUAAAAAUGCUUUGUGUAUGUGUGGUGUUUUUUUGUUUUGUUUUUUUUUGUUUUUGUUUUUUUUUUUUUUUUUUUUGAAAGCUUUCUAGUUUACCUUGCGGUAUCUAGGUUUAAGUGUCAUAAAUUCUCUUUACAUGCUCCAAAAACUGUGUGCACUUCAUAAUAUCAGCCCCCACCCAUGGAGGAACAGUGCUUUUUAGAGAUGCUUUCUAGUUUCAGUGUUGGCAUACUGUCUAAGGGUAUUGCAAUUGUGGGUGUGUUCCCUAAUUUGUAUGGAUCAAGGUGUACUGGCUUUUUCUACUUCCAAGCUUUUAACAGCAAUCUCCAUAUUUGGCAGAAUUCCUCAAGUUAACUACUUUCAUACUUAAUAGCUUCAAUGUUGCCAGCUGGGAUAGGCAAGCCAUAUUGUAUGACAGCUUCCCUAUUUCACCUCCCUAAGUCUGUGACAGGGCUCUAUCUAUUCAUAGCAAGCACCAGGGUGUCCCUGUUUUCUUGAGGGCAGUUUACAUUGUCUUUUCAAAAGUGCAUGUUGCAUUAGAACAAUUCAUUCAGCAGUAGAUGGAUUUUCAAUGAUUUACAAUAAAAAUUUGAUCCGAAGCUCAGGACACAAACUGCAGUGGUAAAAUUGAGUAGCAUAUAAUAUCAGACUCUAAAUUCUGUGUAAUUUGCUGCAACCCGGAUUGUAUGUGUCUUAUGUGUGUUUAAAUAAAUAUAUUAAAUACACAUGUGUAUAGAUACGCACAUACAACAGAUUUAAGACUGACUGACUUGAUUUAAAGUGGGUGAAUCUGCAGUGUAAAAUGUGGUUCAGCCACUGUUAGGAACUGAAAUUUAGUUAAAGAAAGAAAAGGAUGUAAUGUAACAGAUUCUUUUAGCUACAAAUCCAGGUAUAGAGCACUUGGGGGAAGGGAGGGGGUGGGUUGGUGAGACAAUCAGAUUGGUAAAUUGAUUAAAUGCUCCUAACCCUGUAAUUUUGUGCAUAGAGCACCCUGUGCUGUGGAAAUAACUGUUCUUAGAUUUUCAUUGUAACUGGACUGUUCAGGUUGCCCAGAGGGAAAGAACAUUCCUAAUUCUAAUAAAAUAAACUUUUAUUUUGUUAUUCCAUUA